AUGCCUGCUUCCAAGAUUGCAGAGACUGCCGAUAGUGUCAGUAGCAAGAGCCCCAUAAACAUUGCCGACGACAUUGAAGACACGGACGACUUCGUCCUCGUAUCCCCUGGCGAUUACCCAGAGGCAUCCGCACCAUCCCCUACUGCUGCGAAAGAUGUCUGGACCGAGAUCAUCAAGAUCACCCGGACUGAAGGCAGUCUAUUCGAGAAGGGCGAAAAGCACGUCACCGCCGUCGAGACCUGCCGGUACCACCUCCGCCCCGCCGAAUGCCGUAAUACUUGCAGUAGCACAUUCAAAUGCGAUGCUUGCCUAUCCCUCAUCGCUGGUCUUGAGACUCUUGCCAACUUCGCCUGGGAGUGGUCCAACGACAGCAAACCCUUCCAGGAUAACAUCAGCAACAUCAUGCAUUGUCUGCACCGCCUCCCCUUUCAUUUCCAGGAAGGUCUCUACAGCGUCAUUGAAGCUGUAAUGGACCACGAAGAGAACUGGCCUACGGCGGACCGAGAGAACUACGAGUUGUGGGGGUUCAAGAUCUCUGCUGCUUUGUGGUUACUACGCCUGGGUGUUCAUGGUCUGGCUUGGGCGCUGGCGGAGGGCAAGGAGUGGCGUCUUGUACUGGCCGAGACUGAGCGGUCGUGGUAUGAGGGACUUGUUGUUGCUGACGAGUACGAGGAGGCCAUCGAGGAGACUCAACGUUUCACUAACGCUUUCCGCAAGUGGGGUGCGAGCGUUGAUGCUGAGCGGCGCGCUCAGUCUUCGGCUUAG